AAGUAGUCUCCUCUCUUGUCUUCCCCUCCCAGUCCCAGCCACAGCCACAGCCACGGGCAGACCCCCACACACUCACUCUCACUCUCUUACCAUAGAACAAAAACCCUUUCAUAACAGUCAGAAAGACAGCGACCCAUGUAGUGCCGUCCUUCUCUAUCCUGAUUUGAAACUGAUAGCCAAAUUCCAGAGAGAAAAAGGGUGGAGAUUGGGUUGGGUUAUCUUCAAUUUUCAGGGACCAAAAAGCACCAACAAUGGUUGCUGGCAAAGUAAAAACGGUAAUGGGAUUGCAAAAAUCGCCUGCCAACACCAAGCCCAAGCCUGACUCCUCCCCGAAACCACCCUCAUUGUCCACGCCCAGCUCAGCCAAGCAGCAGCAAUCCCAGAAGGGAUCCGGCGCCGCCUUCUCACGCUCAUUCGGCGUUUAUUUCCCACGGUCGUCCGCGCAAGUUCAGCCCCGCCCCCCGGACGUCACCGAGCUCAUCCGCCUAGUUGAAGAAUUGCGAGACAGAGAGUCACGAUUGAAGACCGAGCUCUUGGAGCAGAAACUGCUUAAAGAGUCUGUUGCCAUUCUGCCUGUUCUGGAGAACGAGAUUUCGAACAAGGAUUCGGAAAUCGAACGCUCCAGAAAGAAGAUCGUAUGCUUGGAAGCGGAAAACGAGAGGCUCAGGCAUGAGAAUGAGUUUCUACACAUGGAACUGUCUAAACAGAAUCGCAAAUAUGAAGAGAAGAUCAAAUACAUGCAGGCUGAGUUGUCUGAUAUUAAAAGAGCUGUUGCUGAGAGACAACAAGAGCAAGAGGAGGCGUCGUCCUCAUCCACCACUCCUAAACUUAUUGAUGUAACAAAUAAUUACAAAUCCAGCUUCACUACCAAGUCCUUGAGAAAAUGCAUGACUGAAAACAAUAUUGUGGGUAAUUUUAUCGAAAAUGGAAGGUCUGUGCAUGUGAAGAAUGAAGCUCCGGUAAAGAAAGAGGAAUUUAUUGGUGUGUUGGAGAGCACUGAAAGGCCUAGACAUUCUCGGUGCAAUUCUGAAGAAAUCCCAGCAGAGACUUCUGAUGUGUUAAUGGGGACAAGAUCCCGCGCGCCACGUGUUCCUAAGCCGCCACCGAAGCCAUCCGCCUCGCUUGUGUCAUCGUCUUGUUCAUCUUCUUCUUCAUCUUUAUCAUCAUCCCUCUCUUCCCCUUCUUGCUGUCCUUUAUCUGAUUCAGCAAACCGCGCAUUGGCGGAGAUUUCCAACAUUCCGCCUCCACCACCGCCUCCUCCACCGUCAGCGAAAGUUGCGGCACCUCCUCCUCCUCCGCCACCUCCGCUUCAGUCAAAAACGGCAGGCCCACCCCCUCCGCCCCCUCCUCCUAAGGGGUCGAAUCCAAGGCCUGCGCCGGCGAAGGUUAGGAGAGUUCCAGAGGUAGUUGAGUUUUACCACUCGCUAAUGCGGAGAGAUUCGAGCUGCCGGCGGGAUUCCGGCGGUGGCCCCUCCGAUGCGCAAGCGGCUGGAGCUACAGCUAAGGAUAUGAUCGGGGAAAUUGAAAACCGUUCUGCACAUUUACUGGCGAUUAAGACAGAUGUAGAAACACAGGGUGAUUUCAUCAGGUCAUUGAUUAAGGAAGUUGAAGGUGCUGCUUUUACGGACAUUGAAGAUGUUGUCCUUUUUGUCAAAUGGCUUGAUGAUGAGCUCUCCUACCUGGUUGAUGAGAGGGCAGUGUUGAAGCACUUUGAUUGGCCGGAGCAGAAGGCGGAUGCAUUGAGAGAAGCUGCAUUCGGAUACUGUGAUUUAAAGAAGCUGGAAUCCGAAGCCUCGUCGUUCCGUGAUGACCCCAGACAGCCUUGUGCGCCUGCACUCAAGAAAAUGCAAUCCUUGUUUGAAAAAUUGGAGCAUGGUGUUUAUAAUUUGUCAAGAAUGAGAGAAUCGGCUACAAAGCGGUAUAAAGUAUAUCAAAUCCCAAUGAAUUGGAUGCUGGACACCGGUUAUGUGAGCCAGAUCAAGCUGGCAUCCGUCAAAUUGGCCAUGAAGUACAUGAAGAGGGUAUCAGCAGAGCUUGGAAUAGUUGGUAGUGGCCCUGACGAAGAAGACCUUAUUGUUCAGGGCGUCAAGUUUGCUUUCCGAGUACAUCAGUUUGCGGGUGGUUUCGAUGUGGAAACUAUGAGAGCGUUUCAAGAGCUGAGAGAUAAAGCUCAAUCUUGCAGCGCGCAAUGCCAAAAUCAGCAUCAGCAGAAAUUCGUUUGCAGGUCCUCUGCUUCAUGCUAAUCUGUAGCAAACUCAGCUCCAGAAAUGUUUUGUAAAGACGGACGAAGAUAUAUGUGAAUACAGUUGGCGGCAGUAAUUUUGCUCUCAAAUUUAUUUAUUAAAUUCAAAAAAUAAAAUA